AUGAGCUCCUCGACUGCAUGUGUGCGCUGCUCGGUGCUGGCUACAGAACUAGCAGCACUGCGAGCGCAGAACAAAGCGCUUCAAGUCCGACUUGAGACUCUUAAGAAGCGGUCGGAAGAAGCUGAGACGAAACAAGCGGACACGGGCGCGGCAGUCGAGGCGCGUGCCGAGACGUUGACGUACUCCCAGUUUUCGAAAGUGGAGCUACAGCGCUAUGGACGACAAAUGCUCGUGAAAGACUUUGGAGCGCAAGCGCAGCUGAAGUUGCGGUCUGCACGUGUGCUGCUGAUUGGUGUCGGUGGACUCGGGUCGCCUGCUGCGCUGUACUUGGCUGCUAUGGGCGUGGGCACGUUGUCGAUCGUUGACAACGACUGUGUCGAUCGAAGCAAUUUGCAUCGACAGGUGCUUCAUGAUGAACAGGGAGCGAAAGAACGAGCGAGCAAAGUGGAUUCGGCGAAGAAACGACUGCAAGAAUUGAACCCUUUGCUGCGGUGCGACGUGUAUCCGAUGCGGUUUACUGCUGCGAACGCGUUGUACCUUGUCGAAGAACAUGAUGUGGUCGUUGAUGCCUCGGACAACGUUGGAACUCGCUACCUCGUAAACGAUGCAUGUGCACUUCGACGUACGCCAUUGGUAUCGGGAAGUGCGCUGGGUAUGGAGGGCCAGGUCACUGUGUUUACCUAUCAGGACGACGAGAACGCGACCGGAUGCUACCGCUGUUUGUAUCCUGAUCCACCUCACGCCGCAAAGAGCUGUGCUGAAAACGGUGUGAUCGGUGUUGUUCCUGGCGUGAUCGGGUGUCUCCAGGCCAUGGAAACGGUCAAGCUCAUUUCGGGUGUAGGAGAACCUCUUGUCGGUGUGCAGUGCUUCUACGACGCAUACGACGGUCAGUUCCGACGCUUGAAAAUUGCCAUGAAGAGAAAAAAGAACUGCCUGUCUUGUCGUAGGGAUGCUGUUUAUGGCGACGUGGUAUCUGUUGACGCGUCGCUACUGGUCGAGGGCAACUGCACCGAUGCAGCAAAGCGCAUUGACGAUCUCGGCCCUGAGUUUCGUAUCAGCGCUGAGGAAUUUGCCAAAGUGCGCGAGGAAGCAAGAAAGGAAGGAAAACAACAUGCUGCAGACGGCAGUUAUGUUCUGCUGGACACGCGUGCGCGCAUACAGUUUGACAUGGUGCAUUUCCCCGAAGCAGUAAACAUUCCAACCGGUGAGCUCAUGAAGCAGGAUCCUGAAAGUAUCAGUACUUUGCAGGGAAAGAAUGAGGACGUGACUGACUCCCCACCGCUCACGAGUAAGCGAUUGUAUGUGAUCUGUCGUCGAGGUGUGGAUUCGGUCAAGGUGACACGGUGGUUGGUCGAUCACGGUGUCAAGAAUGUGUUCAACGUGAAUGGAGGGUACACCGAGUAUGCUAAAGAAGGUGGUGUUGACCCGACAUUUCCGAUGUACUAG